AGCGACGGACUGGAUCGAGGUCAUAAUUCGGCGCUGAUACCCAACACGAGGAUGGGGAAAAUCGUGCCUCUACUUUUCCUUGCGCUUGGACUACACACCAUCAUCGCGGAGAAAGUAAAUAAGCACAAACCGUGGAUUGAGACAUCCUACCAUGGAGUGAUCGCAGAGAACUCUGAUGUCGUUGUGCUGGACCCUCCACUCGUUGCUCUGGACAAGGACGCCCCUAUCCCCUUUGCAGGAGAGAUCUGCGGGUUCCGUAUCCACGGCCUGGAUGUUCCGUUCGAGGCGGUGGUUCUGAACGAGACGUCGGGGGAGGGACAGCUGCGGGCACGGGAGCCAAUCGACUGUGAGCGCCAGAAGGAGUUCUCCUUCCUCAUCCAGGCCCAUGACUGCGGAGCUGGACCAGGCGGCCCCAUCGGCAAGAAGUCUCACAAAGCGGUGGUUCACGUGCAGGUAGAUGACGUUAACGAGUUCUCUCCCGUGUUCUCGCUGUCGGAGUACCGCGCUGACGUCAUCGAGGGGCGUGUCUAUGACGUCAUCCUGCAGGUGCAGGCCUCGGACCAGGACUGCUCCCCUCAGUACAACCAGAUCUGCAACUACCACAUCGUCACCAAGGACACCCCCUUCGCCAUAGACCGCAAUGGGAAUAUCCGUAACACAGAGCGCCUGAGCUUUGAGGAUCAGGCCGAGUACGAGCUGCAGGUGACGGCCUUCGACUGUGGCCAGAGGGAGGCGUCUCAGAGCACCACCGUCCACAUCAGCGUUAAGCCUGUCUGCAAGCCUGGAUGGCAGGGAUGGAGUAAGCGUGUUGAGUAUGAGCCCAGCGUUGGCAGCAAGCCGCUCUUUCCCAGCAUGCACCUGGAGACGUGUGGCUGGGCCCUGUCCUCCGUGCGCCUCAUGGUGGAGCUGCAGACGACGCACGUCGGGAAGGGCUGCGACCGCCAGGCCUCCUCCGAGAAGGCCCUGCAGAGACUCUGUGGGGCAUCCUCAGGCAGCGCAGACUUGCUCCCCGCCCCAACUCGGUCCACCAAUUGGACAUCAGCGCUGGUGACAGAGGGGGGUCGGGACGGUGACCUCAUCUUCCACUUUGAUGGGAGGCAGGCAGCAAAGGUCCCUGAUUGGGUGGCGCUGGGCAACCUGACGGACCAGUUCACCAUCGCCACCUGGAUGAAGCACGGGCCCAGCCCUGGCCAGCGUGCGGACAAGGAGACACUGCUGUGCAGCUCAGACAAAACAGAGAUGAACAGACAUCACUACUCUCUGUAUGUGCAUAACUGUCGUCUGGUGUUUCUGCUACGGAGAGCUGACAGCCUCACAGACUCCUUCAGACCAGCAGAGUUUCACUGGAAGCUGGAACAGAUCUGUGAUAAAGAGUGGCAUUAUUAUGUCAUUAAUGUGGAGUUUCCCAUGGUGACGCUCUACGUGGAUGGAGUGACCUAUGACCCAUACCUGGUGACAGACGAUUGGCCCAUUCAUUCAUCUCACAUAGAUGUUCAACUGACUGUGGGAGCCUGCUGGCAAGGUGGGGAGGUCAGUAAGAGGAAGUUUACGCAGUACUUCAGGGGCAGCCUAUCUGGCCUGACCCUCCAUCCAGGAAAGAUUGAGACGCACAAGGUCAUCUCCUGCCUGCAGGCCUGCAAAGAGGGACUAGACAUCAGCUCUCUCCAGAGCCUGGGCAGAGGCCUUAAGUUCCACCUGAACCCGUCCCAGUCUCUGUUGGUGAUGGACGGGGAGGACGUGCAGCGCGUGAGCGCCGCCCUGAGGAAGGUCUCGUACAUCAACGCGCGCCAGUUCCCCACCGCCGGCACACGCCGCCUCAGACUCGCCUCCUCAGUGCAAUGUUUUAGUGAGGAUGAGUGCAUCUCUAUUCCGGAUGUUGAGGCGGUUGUCAUGGUGAUGCCACCCAGUGAGCCCCGCAUCAGCAUCACAGGGGCGGAGCAUGUGACUAGCCCCGCCUCUGACGUGAAGGCUGGGUUGAGGCUGUUACCUGACCUGCGUGUUACCAGUACUGUAACCACCGACAACAAGCCUAGCAACAGCGCUGCUUAUGGCCACAGGACUGGUGUUUUGGAGGAGAAUCUUCAUAAUCUGGACUACUGUGAUAUUCUGGUCCUGGGGGAGGAGUUUAAGGCGGGGCAAGAAAGUCUUCUGCUGCAAAAGAGUUCUCUGUUGGGCACACACCUGGAUUAUACCAACUCCACCACGGGGAUGUCCAUAUAUGGUGUGGACUCCAUGGUUAACUAUGCAGCGGUGAUGAGACAGGUGCGCUACCAGAACCUGCAGCCAGAGAUCUCUGUGCGGAACUUCCGCCUCUCGUGCUCCGAACUCAAUGGCCAGUUCACCUCCAACCAGUUCAACCUAGAGAUCAAUGUCCUGCACAGCUCAGCGGCCGCUGAACACGUCAAUCACAUGAUGGCGCCACACAAAUUUACACCGGUGGUCCACCAUCCACUUAUGCUCCGUGCUGCUGAAAACCCAGGCGUGCCGAGUCUAGCGGGUGUAGUGUUGGUGGUGUGUGUGGUGGUGCUGGCGGUGGUGGUGGUGGUGGGGGCCUACAGAAUCCAUGUCACACUCCGUCAGGACCAAAACAGCACGCACACACUCACACACACGGGCCAGCUCUGGGACGAGUCCGCUCUCACCAUCACAGUGAACCCCAUGGAGAGUUUUCAAGAUGCUCUGGCUGCAGUAGGAGAAGUCACUGAGGAUGAGGAGGAAGAUGACGAAGAAGAAGAUGAUGAUGAUGACGACGACUACGAAGAUGAUGACAUCACGAGUGCAGAGUCUGACAGCGACGGGGAAGAUGAGGAUUUACCCAACAUGCAACAGGAGAGCAGAAGGAGGGCCCAGCAAGACUGGGACAACAUGUCACCUUUCUGAACACACACAUACACACAUGCACACAAACACACAAACACAGAGAGACAUGUUAAUGCUCAUAGAACACACACGCGCGCACACACACACACACACACACACACACACACUAUGAUUAUAACUACCAGCCUGUGUAUCUUCAUUGUGACGCUCCUAUAAAGUGACUGACCACAGGGUGAACCACCCCUCUUCGUCUUUUCUCCCUCCCUCGCCUCUCUCUCUCUCUCUCUCUCUCUCUCUCUCUCUCUCUCUCUCUCUCUCUCUCUCUCUCUCUCU